AUGGCACCCGUGAACCGCGUGAUCGCGGCGAAGGCCAAGAAGGCGGAGAAGGGCGGCGUGAAGAAGAAGGUCAAGGAGGAGAAGGUGAAGUUCCCGGUCGGACCCGUGCUCAUGGGCUUCCUGCUCUUCGUCGUCGUUGGUUCCGCUCUUCUCCAAGUCCUGAGGAACGCGCAGGCGUCGCAGCCGUUCGGCGGGGGCGUCUGA